CGGAAACUAGCUUCACUUAAACGGAAGUGCUAGCCGUGCAACUUCCUGGAAAUAAAUAUCAAACCUUAGAUCGAUCUUUGAUCGCCAGCUGAUUUGAAAAUCAACGUUUAAUUGCUGUACCGAUCACAGAACCGAACCGAUAUCGGAAAUCUCUUAAGCACGUUAAGCACCGUCGGUAUCCGCUACUUUAGCCACCGUUAGCCUAGCACGGUUAGCUCGGAUCAGUCCGGAGCUGACUGGACCGAAACGAACCGCUGCAGAACCUUAGCGCAACGUUCAGGAUGGGAGCCCACCGCAGCGAGGGAGGCCGGGAGUGGCUGGAGCAAGUCGGAGCAGAAAACCCGGACCAGAACCCGAAGCCGUGGAACCUGAUGAUCAAACACAGACACGUUCAGAGACGAGGACGCCGCUCACACACCGCUGUCAGCUACACAGAUCCUCAGGUGUCCAUGGACCUGCUGAGGGCAGUACUUCAGCCCAGCUUCAAUGAUGACAUCAUGGCUGUGUUCAGGAAGUACCAGAAGUUCUUUGAGAAGGCAGCAGAGAACGUGAAGGAGAACAUGGGUGAAGAUGUACAGACGGAUCAGUUGAUCAGGGAGGCCUGCCGGAAUGUUCUGGAACAUGCCAAACAGCUGUUUCCAGAGGUGGAGGGGAAAAGAACGGGAUCAGAGGUCACUAUGAAGAGAUCCAGAGCAGUUGAUGAAGACUUUAUUCUCAGAGGAAGCCCGCUCCCCAAAAAGAGGAAAAGUCGUCCAGGUCCCGUCAUCUCCUCUGACCGACCUAUGACCUACUCUCUAGUAAAGCCAAAGGCUGAGCCUGUAAAGAGGGAGGGGCCAAAGUGGGAUCCAUCCAGGCUCAACGACAGCAGCACGUUUGUUCUCGGCUCCAGAGCCAACAAGGCGUUGGGGAUGGGCGGGACCAGAGGACGGAUCUACAUAAAGCACGCCGACCUGUUCAAGUACGCUGCUGAUGCCAAGGAUAAGCAGUGGCUGGCAGAGAGACACCACAUGAGGGCGACAGGAGGGAAGAUGGCCUACCUGCUGAUUGAGGAGGACAUCCAGGAUCUGUCCCGCAGUGAUGAGUACCGGGACUGUCCAGAUGUGAGGAUGGAUGAGCUGAAGCCAUUCAGUGUUCCUCUAUGGAUGGUGGAGAAGAUGCAGCGAGCCAUGGAGGCACAGAGAGACAACGACCCCUGAAGGUCACGUGACGAUGAGCCCCUAAUCAUGUGACCUUUUGUAUUGGAUGUUUUGGUUUUGUUUUUUCUGCUGUAAUAAAAAAAAAGAAAAGAAUAAAUUCUGCUUGUGAAUGA